AUAUAUAUAUAUAUAUAUAUAUAUCUCAUGCUGCUUGAACCCUCAUGGUGAUGUAAGUAUGUCUGAGCACUUAGCCAGCUCCAUUAGUAGUAUUUUGUGUCCCAUUAGUCAGUAAAUGUGUCACACCUGCAUUGUGGGGAUUAUAAUCCUGACAGCGUUUGUCCGGCACCUAUAAAACCCCCCUCCGGCUAAUGCACCACAUGCUAACAAGGCAAACACAGAGGUGAGUCAGUCCUCAGUGAAGUUUGUUCAAUGUUCAUUAAGUUAGAAUUACUCUUCUUAUUAAUUACUGUCUGAAAUGUUGUUUCCUAAUGUUGGGUGAUGCUUUAUAACCCCCGGUCUGCGAGCCGUGGAGCCGUGUGAGUGAGGAGACUGUGACAUUAUUGUUUUUAUUACAAACUUGGCCUCCUCUGCAGCUCUAAUGGAGGCAGGCAGCAGAGUGACGGUGCAGGUGUUGUUGUUGGCGUUGGUGGUUCAGGUCACCCUGUCCCAGCACUGGUCCUAUGGAUGGCUACCAGGUGGAAAGAGAAGUGUGGGAGAGCUGGAGGCAACCAUCAGGAUGAUGGGUACAGGAGGAGUGGUGUCUCUUCCUGAAGAGGCGAGUGCCCAAACCCAAGAGAGACUUAGACCAUACAAUGUAAUUAAUGACGAUUCCAGUCAUUUCAGCCGAAAGAAAAGGUUCCCUAAUAAUUGAAGAGCUACGAAAAAAAAAAAGGAAAUAAACACAGACUGUAUUUACAUCAUCAUCAUCAUCAUCAGCAGCAUUCAUGCUGCCUUCAACAAAUCAUCACAUUUAUUGCACGGAUAUUAAUUAUAUGUCUGUAACAUUUAAAUUCAUGUAAAAUUGUAAUAAAGUUUUUGAAAUCUGAUGAAAUUAUCAAAUCUUUUGUUCAAUCUGAUUUUCAGAAAGCGGCAUCUCCUCCUCCAGAUCCGGUCAUUAGAACUAAAAUGAGGCUUUUUAAGUGUAAAAUACUGUUUUAAAGACUUUAAAUCGAUUAAAUUGCCUUUGUAAAGCAGCCACGACCGACAAGCAUGACAAACUUGUGACACAACAAUCUUAGCAUGACAACAGCUGGUGAUUAAGCCAAUUUAUUAGAAAUCAAUGACUUAAUUGAAUUUGUUACAGUUUUGGUAAUUCCAUUUUCUGCCACACCAGUCAUGUGCAUAUGCGAUGUGGAAAAUUACACCAGCUGAUUUUUGUGCUCGUACCUGAAUGUUGAUUAGCCCCCCAAAAUGAAAGACACUCAUCUAAAUAUUUUCUGCUUGUGAUGUCCACAGCAGCUUUCCGCUAAUUUAGGAUAACUGCAGUCAUCCAA